GUUCAGUACUACAUGUGUCAUGUGUGACUAGUUUUCGGCGUCGUAGGCAAUGAUGAGUGGCAAAGCACAGAAAAUCGUCCCGCCUGUCAGGAAAUCAGUCCCCCGCAUCCCUGAUCCCCCCGCUCGGGUUGUUUGGAGGGCACUGAAUUGUGGGGUGAUGAAGAAGGGCGUCCAAUCCUCUCGCGAGGCUUCAUUGAUCUGCCAAUUCUCCAGAGCCUGGGCAUACCACCAGCAGACAGCAUAGGCUGGCUCCGUCGCCUUCCUUAGCGCUAGGUGCGCAUGGACGGUCAGUUCCUCCACCUGCGACGGCAAGUCCGACGCGUACGGGGACGACGAGGACCUGGACCUGGACGCCGGCGCGGACGGCAAGUAGUACGCCGGUGAGGAAAAAGAGUUGGGGGGCAGGCGAGGAUGGCGACGAGGUCAAAUAGUGCGACGGACUGGACGGUGGUGGCGAUCCCGCAUCCCUGGAGCGCAUACAAGGUCAGAGACAAACUGGAAACGAUGAGUUGCCAGAUUAAAACCAGCUGCCAAGUCAAAUCUGUUUCAAGUCUCGAUGGAGGUUACAGAGUGAUUGAUGUUGAUGGCGUGGAUGAGGUGUUCGACAGAAUUAUAAUUGCAGUUCAGGCACCUGAUGCUCUAGGAAUACUAGGAGCAGAAGCAACCCACCAAGAACUGAGAAUUCUUGGUGCUUUCCAGUAUUUCUGCUGUGAUAUAUACCUCCACUGCGACAAAAGUUUGAUGCCAUUGAAUUCCUCUGCGUGGAGUGCCUUGAACUUUCGAGGGACAUGAAGCGGGGCUGUCUCUGUUACCUACUGGCUAAACCUGCUCUUCAGAAUAUAUAAUCUACCAUCAGACCUUACCUGCUACGCUGAAUUCUCCACAUGUCCCGGACCAUGUCAUGCUCAAAUGGAGUGCUAGCCAUCCUGUUCCCUCCGCUGCUGCUGCGAAGUCUUGU